AUGUUGUCAGAGGCAUCAGCACUGGGCAAAUAUCGUCUGUGCCCAAAUUGGGCUAUAAAAGGUGUGUUUUUUGUCGGUCUUGGUCUCCAGGCCGCGACUCUUGCUCUUGCCAUCACAAUGCUCGGUUUGGGAGGUUGGAUACGGGUAGAGAUUGACGUGCCACAACCGGUCGCGGAUCGCUAUGGAAUUAGCCGAAUUGAGGGCUUAUUACAGGAGUGCUAUGUGGAGUCUGGAUCAGGACCAUUAUCAACGGACAGUCCUUUCGUCACCUUCGAUCAUUGCUAUAUGAAGGAUUUUGGGCAAUACAUUGACCCUAUAUAUACUCCACAUCAAAGAGCCAUAGCAGUGACAGGCGCUGUCAUGAUUGGCUUGGCACUGCUUGGCUCGGCUCUUGACCUUGUAACAGGUCUUCAUUUGGCCCUCAUCUGGUUUCGAGCGCCGUACGAUUCAUUCUACGUCCGAGUGUAUCGCCUGCUUGUCGGUGGCAUUGCAGCUGUAACAUCAUGCUUCUUUUUCGUAUCAAUGAUCACAUUUCAUGUUGGACUUCGACUGAGUGUCCAAAGGAUUCCAUAUGAAUACCUGACUUCGACGAUACUGGAACCUGACAAAGGUUACUACGUAGCCUGGACAUGUAUUGGAGCCAGUGUUUUGGCUGCCUGGGUCAUCCUCUCUUCGACGUGCCUAUGGGCAAUGGAUUAUGUUAAUUGUCGAUCUCUGGCUGCUGCCUUUCAUCCCACUUGUGCUCAACGGGCCUCAACCUUGUCAAUGACAAAUGGUAUUCGCAACUCAAUCUACAGUCUCAACGAUGGGGUGUGGUCAGUACAGGAUCCUCCGACGCUGCCACGGUACUACACUAGCACCUACGGCGACGGUAGUGAAAUUCGCAACCAAAUCGCUGAGCCCGAGCCAGGCGUUAAGACAGGGUCAACAGAUGAUUCUAUGAAGGAGGAAUCGAAGAGGAAAGAGAGUAAAACAUGA